CUAGUUCAAAUCUUAUUGUUAAAUUUUCUUAUGGUUCAAAUAUUAUUUGUUUUUAAAGGGGCGAUAAUUAUACAACACGUGAGUCACUACCACAAUAUACUCCCUCCUCGUCGGUCAGACUGUAGGCAUUUGAUACUCGGUUUACCGAUAACGUUGUUGCUCUUCUCAUACUAACACAUUAAACCCAUAUCUCUGCCACAAUCGUCGACGCGACUUGCCGUGAGCUCUUGUUCUUCUCAGAUAUAUACUAAGUACCAAACCGUGUUGAAAUAUUGUUUUAGGAAGAAAAUAAAACUGGCGUUCAAAGUACUUCUCAUAGUGUUAAAGUGGAACCAUUUAAUGAAUAACUCAUCAGUAAUUAUUGUAAAUAGUUAAGCAGUAUAUUAUGGAGACCACCAAGCCACAACCUGUAGAACAAAAUUUUGAACAGUCAUCAACAUCAUUGAUUAUUGCAGCUCCUAUUCCUGCAGUAAGUCAUGUUGAAAAGUCAUCUGAAGUUGUACAAAUACCCAUCAGAAAUGGAAAACCUUUGGUAGAAUUCACUCCAGAGAUGAAUUCUGUUCAACGACAGGAAGUAAUUAUAGCUGCAAUGAAUAAACUGCGAAAGAAACUUGAAAAGUUAAAAAAAAAAAUAAACAAAUAUGAAGCGAAGAAGAUGAAUGCUUCUACUAAAAAGAAAAAUGUAGGUAGUGAUUAUAAUUUUUGAGCAGGAAAAUUGAGCUAAUAAAGAUCAUACUAUCAAUUUACAAUACACAAAUAUAUUAAUUUUAUUAAUUAUUAUAUCUUAUUUUAUUUAUUUUUGAGUACCUUUAUACUUCUAGGUUUUAACUAUUAUUAUGGUUUGAGGAUGAUUUUAAAAUGUUUUAAAAAUAUAUCAGAUUUAUUACUUAUCUUCUAUAUAGCAUAAUAAGAUUCCGUUGAUAAACGUCUUAAAUGUCAUAAUAUGAUACAGUAUCUACAUAUAACGUCUUUUAAAAAAAAAAUUAGUUUUCCUGCAAUAUUAAAAUAGCACAAUAAAUUUAUUGUUCAAGUAUAUAUUCAUACAAAAAGAUUUUCAACAGAUUCUAUAAGAAAUAAAAAUGGAUAUAAAUUAAUUUGAGUUAGACAAACAAUACAAUGUUUGUAACUAAUUUUUUUCAAGUAAUGAAUAAUAUAUAAUAUGUCCUAUAUCAAAUAAGUAGUUUACAUAGUGUUAUAAUGUAAUUGUAUACUAGGUUUAUUUGGUUUAAUCAGUGGCAUACGCCGAAAAAAAUUUUGGGGUGUGUUUUUGAAAAAUAAAACAUUUUUUUUUUCAAAUUCUUUUGUACCUACCCAUUUCGUCAAUACAUGAUAGGUAAAAUUGUAUUUGAUUUAUAAAUCCUGUUAAAGUAUUUUUAUUUUCAUUUAAAUUUUAUAAUAUUAAUUUUUUUAUUACAAAAACCAAAUAUUUCGGGGGUUGUUUUAAAUAUCCCUCCCCCAACUAGUAUGUCACUGGGUUAUUUUAAAUAAACAAGGAGUUCAAAACUUAUAAUAAUAUAUACCAAUGUCCAAUAUAUUUACUAAGUAUAA